GCUUCAAUCUAGGGAAUACGAAAAGAAAUAUGGCUACUCCUUCGGCGGCAAACAGGAUGGUGACGGUGUUGAGUGUCGACGGAGGUGGCAUGCGAGGCCUUAUCCCGGGCACUAUUCUCGCUUUCCUCGAACAACAGCUUCAGGAACUGGAUGGACCGGAUGCUAGAAUUGCGGAUUAUUUCGACGUCGUUGCGGGAACAAGCACCGGUGGGCUGAUAUCCGCCGUUCUUAACGUUCCGGCGGCGGACGGAGACCAACCUUAUCCUGCGAGAGAAAUCAAUACAUUCUAUUAUAACUAUGGCCCCCUCAUUUUCCCCCCGGAUCAACGCCCCACAUCGAUAGAGGACUUUCCACUUAAUCGUCCUGUGUACGACGGAGUGGCCCUAAGAGAGGCUGCAAAUACAUACUUACAAGGCAUCACUAUGAGCCAAACAUUGACCAAUGUGGUCAUCCCAACAUUCGACAUGAAGCUGCUUCAACCAGUCAUCUUCUCAACCAACGAUGCAAAGUCGGAUGUCUCGAGCAACGCUUUGUUAGCCGAUGUAAGCGUCAGCACCGCCUCCGCCCCUAUUUACUUGCCGGCACAAAAGUUUACAACUCAAGAUACCGGCAACCGACUCCGCGAAUUCAAUCUCGUCGAUGGCGGAGUCGCAGCUGUUAAUCCGACAUUGGUAGCUAUGGACAGCGUCCCCAAGCAAGGGGAAGCGUUGGAUUACAGCAAGCUCCUAGUGCUGUCACUGGGGUGUGGUGAAGCCAAGUUUGAACCUAAAUAUGAUGCAGACCUUGUCAACAAAUGGGGCUUGAUCAAUUGGAUGUUUUACCAGAACGGUUCUCCGUUGCUUCAAUCACUGACUACGGCAAGCUUCGACAUGGUCGAUUUUCAUAUCGCUGCUCGGUUCAAAUCGUUCGGCUCCGAUAAAAAUUACCUCCGGAUUCAGGAAACGAAUUUGACUGGAGAUGCGUUGCAUUUUGAUCUUGCAACAAAGGAGAAUAUGGACAACCUUGUUCAAAUUGGACAAAACCUGUUAAACAAACCGCUGUCGAGGGUCAAUCUGGAGACCAGAAGGUUUGAAAAAGUUGAAGAAGAAGGACUCAUCGUCACCAAUAGAGAUGCUCUUGUCCAGUUUGCUAGGAUGCUCUCCCUAAACAGGAAGCUCAGGGUUGCUCCUUAA